AUGAUCCUGAUUUCUUUACUUUGGGCCGCGAGUGGUCACUAUUAAAUUUUUUGUUAUUUCGACAAAAGUGUUCUGAUUUCCGCGCCGACAAGCAUGAAGAACACAGCCGAUAUGCUCGUAGCCUUGCUAUGGAUGGGUCUCAAAGGGCAAUAGCCUUUUGGAUGGGGUUGCGAUCUGCGUUCAACCACCCAACAUCCUUGGUUGCGAUCGGGGAUGUUACGACUCGGGUGGUUGUUCCUGACGAAACGUGUUCAACCACCCAACAUUCCUGGUUGCGAUCGGGAAUGCCUGAGUUGCGACUCGGGUGGAUGUUUACACAUUUAAUGGGUUUCAAGGAAAGAAAGUCAAACUCGAUUGAUAACUUCUGGAAGACAGCUACGUUAGCGCAAGAGAAGAAAGUGGCAAAUGAAAUUGAACGUUCAGUUUUGUUGGAUGAACUCGCUACAUCCGCUGUACACUCAACCCUUCAACGUGAUAGGCAAGAAAGUUUGGUUCGAGAGAAAGUUUCAAGACGUUUAGAGAGUAUAGAUGAUGAUCGCACGUACAAGCGUCACAGGUCACAGUCUCCGAACAUUGAGAAUGAUCAAAAAAAAAGUGACACAGAAGCGAUUAAUAACGAACGAAAUUUAGAUGAAAAACGAGUUGAGGAAGAACUUGUGAAACGGUAUAAUUUGAGAGAACGACAAGAAAUCAAUUAUGCCGAAAUUUCAAGCUCAGACAUAGAUCCGCAUCAUCAUCAAGCAUUUGACCCCCUGCCAAACAAUCCGGAUUCUUCUGUUAUUUCGUUAAACAGGCCAAUCAUAACGGAAGUAACAUAUAACCUGAUUUCUACACAUAUAAUUUGCGCAUUCAGCUCAACGUUACAUUUAGUCAGGGGAACCGUCGACGAAAGUUUAUUUGAGAAGAUCGAAAAGCUUCUUAGAAUGAGAAAUAAAUUGAUUUUAGACAAAUCGAUAACCUUGAAAUUGGAGGCGAUUUUUCAAACGGACUAUGCGGAAAUUAGUUCGAAGAUAAUGACCGAAACUGAGGUUGAAAAAAAUAUGAAAGCGAGCGAGGAAUCACGAUUUCUCUUUUUUAUCCGGCACACCCUCCUAGAUUUCAUCGCUAUGUAUGAAUAUAUGUCGCCUAAAGUGUUAGCUCGAGAUAUGUCAGAAAGGUCGUAUAUUGUAGAACGCCUUUCACCCAUACUUCGAUCUUUUAGGAAUGCAUUUCCUGAUAUUAGAUACGAGUGGAUUGAGAAGGAUGUCAAAUCCAUAAGGGAUGCGAGCAAUAUGUUCGCAAUUAACAUAAGGACUCGGAAAACUGAUGUGUUAGUUCUGAGACUAUCAGACGCAACUGAAAUUCUACACGUUGAAGUAUCUGGACCACCUUACAAACCGGAAAAGAAGCAUACAGUUGGAGACGCAAAAAAAUUACUCAUGAUGGCUGUUUGUAAUUUAUGCAGAAUGUUGGCGAACAAUUUCGAUUGUUCAAUUGAAAUUGCCAAGAAAGUCAGAUCGUAUUGUAUACAAGCAAUUGGGGAUAAAUUGACAUUAUUUGCCGUAUCACUUGUUGACAAGAAAAAAUAUUUGGCCAUCGAAUUAGCUUCGAACGAGUUUAUAGAACAAGAAAAGAUUCUAGAAAAAAUUUGUUCUUUUGUGCCCUCGGUCGAUGAUACCAGUGACCUACGAGAGUGGGUGCAUUUACCGGAUGAUGAUCUAAUACCCGUAAAGGAAGAGGAAAUGGAUGAACUCUUUUUAAAUGACACUCAAUAA